AUGUCUGACCUCACAACCUGGGCGACGCCUCGGCUUAGCCAGCUUCUCCCACUGGAUGAAGACUCCUUAAGGCAAGUUAUCGACUAUUCGGCCAGUCUUUCGAAAGAGGCCUGCGCCGAAAACCUGAAAAGCCUCGUCGGCGAUUCCCCCGCAGCUCUCGAGUUUAUCGCCUCAUUCAAUGCCCGUCGCGACCCCCGCCCGCCCGCGACAUCUACACGAAAUGAAACAGCCAGCGAAAGGCCGAAAGGGAAGAAUAAAAAGGAGAAGAAGCCGCUACACAAUGCUGGCCCGCCACGUCGACCGGACAAUUAUGGUGACGUGGGAGGAGGCUACAUGAAGUCCAGAGCGGAGGAGGACUACAUGUCCGCCAGCAAGUCGAUGUCCAAUUCCCCCAGCCUGCCUGCACCUGGACCCUCUGCAUCCUCUCGCGCGCAGUCUUCCACGAUUUCAACUCCCUCAAAACCGCCUCCGUCUGCUUCUGGGCCUGUCCUUUCCGAUAUGCUGCCAAAUGUGCGAUCAAAGACGAGCAAACAGAAACAAACCGGAGGUACAGCAAGUUCCUUAAAGGGCGGUGCAGCCCUCACAACCAACAAUAUCUCCGACUUGACGGCCGCAAUUGCAGCAUUGGAACUUUCGACCAACCCUACAAAGAGCACCGAAAACCGCAAAUGUAACUGCUACGCUUCCAUUCAUCCACUAUUUGAUCCAGCCCCCAACUGCGUCAAAUGCGGCAAGAUAAUCUGUUCUCUCGAGGGUUUACAACCAUGCUCGUUCUGCGGCACGCCGCUCCUCUCACCAGAAGAGGUACAGGAUAUGAUUAGAGAGCUACGAGAGGAACGCGGGCAGGAAAAGAUGCGAGCCCAUAAUGAGGGUGCACACCAUCAAGGAGGGCCGAAACCCACAGGAUCCGGGUCGUCUUCUCCGAACAAGCUGGAUGCAGCUAGAGCCCAUCGUGACAAACUGCUUCAGUUCCAAGCACAAAAUGCUCGUCGGACCAAGGUCGUUGAUGAGGCAGCCGACUUCGAGACCCCGAAUGUCGCCUCAACGAUAUGGAUGAGCCCGGCACAGCGAGCACUCGCGCUGAAGAAGCAGCAGCGCAUUCAACGGGAGAUGGAAGAGAAAGCUCGUCCCGAAUGGGAGAAGAAGAAGACCGUGAUGAGCCUUGAUAUCAAAGGCGGCAAAGUACGGAGGGUGUAUCAUUCCGCACAGGUGGAGUCAACACCAGACCCUAGUGAGCCGGACUCCAUGGAUGUCGCUGACUCCGAGGGAGGUCCGGCAUCGGGGAGAGGCCAUGCUUUCAGUCGGAAUCCUCUCCUUGCUGCAGGAGGGUUGAUGCGUCCAGUCUGGAAAGCCCCAACCGGCAAGACGGCAGAUGGAGCCGAGCGAGCGGAAAGGAAGCAAACAUGGCGACGCGUGCAGGACGACAGUGACGAUAACGAGCAGUGGAUCCUGGAUGGUGGAUUACAUGGGACCAGCUCAUAG